CAGAGUGCGCAUGCGCAGCACCGAAUUCAGAAUGCCGAUGUGGCUCGUGCGGCAAAGUUAGCUUGUAGCUUUUAAAGUUAAUCAGAAGCCGAAAUGAACUUUUUCAUUGUGGCCUUGCUUUGUGCGUGUUGUAGUUUAGCUGCAGCGGACCAAGACGAGAGAAUGCCGAAUAAAUGUGAAGUGUGUAAGUUCCUGACAGUGGAGCUUCAGGAGGCUCUGGAGAAAACCGGUCGGUCCAAAGAGGUUCUGGAGGUCGGAGACGUGUUGGACACAGGCAAGAGAAGAAGAAAGAUCAAAUAUAACACCUCGGAAACCAGGCUGACUGAGGUGCUGGAUGAUAUUUGUGAGCGUAUUCUGCAGUAUAAUGUUCAUGCUGAGAGACCCGGCAGCCUCAGGUACUCCAAGGGGUCCAGUCAGACCAUGACGACUUUGAAGAAUCUGGUCAACAAAGGGGUGAAGGUGGACCUGGGCAUGCCGUACGAGCUCUGGGAUGAACCGUCAGCGGAGGUGACAGACCUGAAGAAGCAGUGUGAGAUGAUGCUGGAGCGCUACGAGGAGGUGGUGGAGGACUGGUACUUCCACCAUCAGGACCAGAGACUGGACAGCUUCCUCUGUAAGGAGCAUGUCCUCCAGACUUCAGAGCGAGCUGUUUGUUUCUCCUGCUGCAGAAUGUCUGGAGGAGGCGUGGAAAGGCGACGCAGGUGUUAAACAGGAAGUGAGCUCAGAGGAAACAGAACACAAGGAGGGAACGACACACGACGCUGGAGAACUUUAAAAUAAAAUCGACACCAGAUGGAGCAGAAGACAACACAACUACCUGCAGAUCAACAAACACAAUCGCACAUUUUAAUCCUGGUAGAUUUCAUUAGGAACAAAGUUACAUUGAUGUUGCUUUUUGUAACAAGAAUCUGCACUAACCUGACACUUUAUACCACAGAAGUCAGCUGCCAAUAUUUUCUGAGUGGUAUUUUUACUCCAAACUGCAGUAUUUGUACACAUUAUGUACAGUUUUUAUAUGUUGAAUAAAAUACUUUCUACAUUA